CUUUUUAACCAAUCGUUUAGUAUUUUUGUAAAUCGCCUCUCCACCUUGCCCCUGGAGAACCAUCACCAAAAAACAGAGCCAAACAAAAAAAAAAAUCUAAAAGCAUCAAUGGCUUCUCGGCGGCGAGUGCUUCUGAAGGUUAUAAUUCUCGGAGACAGUGGGGUUGGGAAGACGUCCUUGAUGAAUCAGUUUGUGAAUCGAAAAUUCAGUAAUCAGUAUAAAGCUACCAUUGGAGCUGAUUUCUUGACCAAAGAGGUCCAAAUUGAUGACAGAAUCUUCACUUUGCAGAUUUGGGAUACUGCAGGGCAAGAGAGGUUCCAAAGUUUGGGUGUUGCUUUCUACCGAGGAGCGGACUGUUGUGUUCUUGUGAAUGAUGUCAAUGUUAUGAAAUCCUUUGAAAAUCUUAACAACUGGAGGGAAGAGUUCCUGAUCCAGGCUAGUCCUUCAGAUCCUGAAAACUUCCCCUUCGUUGUCUUGGGGAACAAGACAGAUGUUGACGGUGGAAAGAGUCGAGUGGUUACUGAGAAGAAAGCAAAAUCUUGGUGUGCAUCCAAGGGAAACAUUCCUUACUUCGAGACUUCGGCCAAAGAUGGAGUCAAUGUUGAUGCAGCUUUCGAAUGCAUUGCCAAAAAUGCUCUCAAGAAUGAACCUGAAGAAGAAGUGUACCUUCCGGACACCAUUGAUGUAGCUGGGGCUCGGCAACAAAGAUCAACUGGGUGCGAAUGCUAACCAACUUUGUUGCAUGGUUUAUUAGAAAGAACAUGUGUUUUAAGGAGAGACCUUUUUAGUUUCUUUGGCAUUAUUGUGAUGUGUAUCAAUUAGCAUACGCACCUUUGUUUUGGAUUACAGAAUCAAAAACGAAUUUUGGUCACCUGUUCAUUCUUAAUCUCUUCAGCUUGUCGUAAUCUUCAUUUCAAUGUAGUAGUGAGAAGAAAAAAUAAUCAAACCUUAAGAUAAAAACAAAAUUUCUCAACUUUGCUAUAUUUCUU